UAUUUGUUCAAGAAAUAAGCACACCACAACGGUCUUAUAAAAUUCUCUGAUUCUAAAUUACAACACGAAACUGAAAACAAAGUUAUCAGACUGAAAUUGACGUUAGAGGGUGUUUCCUGAAGAAUAUCAUUAAAAAAUCGUCGUUUUGCUUAUUUUUUGCUUUAACAAUUAAUUUUUUUUAUUUCAUAAAUUUAUAUUUUGAGCACUUCAUUAGUUUAGUUUCUCAUAAACACAUUAAUGGCGAUAAUGGAAGGUCCUCUUAGUAAAUGGACAAAUGUGAUGAAAGGAUGGCAGUAUAGAUGGUUUGUGCUUGACGACAAUGCAGGAUUAUUAUCUUACUAUACAUCUAAAGAAAAAAUGGUUCGAGGAGCUCGGAGAGGCUGUGUGCGUUUAAAGAGUGCAAUCAUUGGAAUUGAUGAUGAAGAUGAUAGUACAUUUACAAUAACAGUUGAUGAUAAAACCUUUCAUUUUCAAGCUAGAGAUACUGAAGAACGAGAUAAAUGGAUACAUGCUUUGGAAGAUACAAUUUUGAGACAUACUCAGAGCUACAGCUAUCAAACAAAAUGGGAUGGCGUAUCAAGCUCACUACAAGAUUUUGAUAAAAAGUUAACUGAAGCUGAUGCUUAUCUACAGAUGCUGAUUGAUCAAGUGACGGAUUUAGACAAUACAAUUAAUACUUGUGCAUCUGAUGAAGACCGUAAUCAACUUGUCUCAGUUAGAGAUAAUGCAAAUGCUGUAUUGGAAGCUGUGAAACAUUCCAUUGUACUUUUACAAAUUGCAAAGAACACUACACAUCCAGUGAACGGUAUUUAUAAUGCUUACAGCAAGUCUAAAAACUCUGAACAUGGUUUGAAACAUUCCAGUGGGAAAGAAUCAAGUGCUGAAAAAAAACCCACACCCGAUGCCACACUUUCAGAUAAUGUUGAAUGUGCAGUGGAAUGCAGGGAGGACAUCAAUAUUGAAAAAGACAUACCAAGCAAUAUGAACCUAGUUGUGCCUGAAACUUCAUAUUCGAGUAGCGACGAAGAAGACUUUUUUGAUGCAAAUGAAGAAACAAUUGGAUCCAUCCAGAAUACAAGCUCUGAAACAGUAGUGGAGGAAACUCCUACCCGUAGACCAUCAAGUACACACAAACUUACAACUCAAGACUAUGAUGCUUUGUAUGAAGAUGAGGAAGAAGAGUUAGGAUCCCUUGAAGGACAAGGUAGUGUGAUAAGCCAUUUAUUGUCGCAAGUGAAAAUUGGAAUGGAUUUAACAAAAGUUGUUCUCCCUACUUUCAUCUUGGAACGACGAUCUCUCUUGGAAAUGUAUGCUGAUUUCUUUGCCCACCCAGACAUAUUCAUUAGCAUUCCAGAUUUUGAUGACCCAAAAGAUAGAUUUGUACAAGUCAUCCGAUGGUACUUGUCGGCCUUCCAUGCUGGAAGAAAAAGUUCCGUCGCUAAAAAACCUUAUAAUCCUAUACUCGGGGAGAUAUUCCGCUGCUUUUGGCAUAUUCCUUCAAUUCAAGAAUCAGAUGAAACUCCCGUAAAAGUGAAAAACGGUCCAGUUCCUUGGGCAACGAGAGACCACUUAACAUUUAUUGCCGAACAAGUGUCUCAUCACCCACCAAUUUCUGCCUUUUAUGCUGAGCAUGUGAAUAAAGGGAUCAGUUGUACAGCGCAUAUUUGGACCAAGUCUAAGUUUUUGGGCCUUUCGAUUGGAGUCCAGAAUAUUGGGCAAGCAACUAUCAAUGUUAUGAAACAUAAUGAGGAAUAUAUUUUAACCUUCCCAAAUGGCUACGGCAGGUCUAUAUUGGGUGUACCUUGGAUUGAACUUGGAGGGUCCGUAACCGUUACUUGUCCUCAAACUGGUUAUCAUGCAAAUGUCGAAUUUCACACAAGGCCUAUAUACGGAGGAAAAAAGCACCGCAUCUCAUCAGAGUUAUUUAGUCCAACAGAAAAAAAAGCCUUCUUAUCUGUAACUGGUGAAUGGAAUGGAAUUAUGGAAGGAAAAUGGUCUUUUGGUGUAAAUAUAUUUGACAUUUAUUUUCAUUUUGAUGUGUUAAUUUGUUCUAUCUCAUGCUGUUUUAUUAAUUUAUGUUCUAGAAUGUGGAAAGAUGUCACAACAGCAUUGCGAUUAAGGAAUGUUGAAGCUGCUACUGAAGCCAAAUUUAUUUUGGAGCAAAAACAGAGAUUAGAAGCAAAGGAAAGAUUAGAAAAUAAAAGAAAAUGGGAAACUAGGGCUUUUCACGAAAUCGGAGAAAAUUGGGUUUAUGAUAAGUCUUUGCAAGUGAGAUUGCACGAAAAGGAAAAUAUUCAGUCAUAAAUUUCAUUCUCUUUACAAUAUUCAACUUAAAUAGACUUUCCUGAAGAAAUUUGUAAAAAUUUUGCUAAAUGGAUAAAUUUAUAAAUAUUAUGCUUAUUUUUCUUAUUUAAUCUAUAUAUAUUAUUUAAAGCUAGAUUGACUCAAACAUAACCUGUGUUGCACACUUCUCAUAAAUUGCAGUAAAAAAUUUUUUUUUCACUAUAAGAGUACUUAUUUUAAAUUGAAUAAUUAUAAAAUAUGUUAUAAUAUAUCCUAAAUAGAAAGUGACAAUAGUUUCUAUAAAAAAAAUUACAGUGGAUAGAUGGCAUUCAACCCUCUUUGGCUUAAAAAGCAAUGCCUCAAUAAUACUCAUUUAAACUGGUUUAACUUAGGUUUAGAUUUUAUUCUUGCUUUGUCCUUUACAUAUUUAUGUAUAUAUAUAAACCAAUUUCGAUAUUAAUAUUUCAAAAAAUAAUAAUAACUUUUUUCUUUUCUUUUUAAACCAUUUUCUGUAAUUUAGUAUUUUUUUCACUCUUAUCUUAAGAAAACAUAUUUACUCCUUUUUUUUAAUACUAUUUUUAUUAUUUUAAUAUAUUAUGCGCUAAACACUCAUUAAUACUGUGGGAAAGAAUUUAAUAUUCCUGUUUUCCCCAUAAAAUAUGCAAACAAUUUUAACUUAAUUAGUUUUCAGAACUUUUAUCUAAAUCUAAGCUGAACACAAUAUUAUUAGAUUAUUUUUAUUAGAUUUAACAUAAUAUUCUAUAAUAAAAUUAUUAGAUUUAACAGAAUUUAGAUUAUUUUUGGAACCAUUCAAUGAUAUCCUCUGAUCUUGUAGCUGUUUGUGUAAAUGACAUUUUUAUUAGAUUUCUGCUUUAACUUGGAAUUGAGAAUUAAUUGUAAAAAAGUGAUACAUUUGACUUACAGUAAUAGUAAAAUUAUUAUAAGUAGCAAUUUUACUGUUGAUAAAUUGUACAUUCAUUUCUGAAAUAUAUUAUAAUUGUUAUGUAUAUGUUGUUUAUAAUCUCUAGCUAAAUUAAAUACCUUUGGAAACAGCCUUUGAGCUGUGCUUUGUUUAAUUUUACCUUAUGUGACCUAGGAAUUUCUCAAACUUAGAAACAUUUUUUGAAAUUCUAUUUUUAACACGUCUGAUCUCUGAAAAAGAACUUUUAAAAUUAAGAAACUAAUCUUUUAUUUUAAAGCUUCAAAAUGUUAUAAUUCAAAAUUAAUGUGUAAUAGCAGCUUAUUUGAUAUUCAAAUGUAAUUUUAUUGAAAUUAGAUUUUUAAUAUAUAUUAAUGGUUUAUAUGUUUCCCUAGGCUCAAAAAUAUAAUUUUUUUAAAAAUAAAUUAUUUAUAAAAAAAAAGUAUGAAUUUAAUUUAAGUAUAAGUUCGAUUAAUAAAUAGUGGCUUGCCAAAAAAAUAAAUAAAUUUCUUAAAAGCAUAUAAAAAGAAAUCUAAUGAUAAUUGACAUUGAGCUAAAGUGGUCAAUAUCAUUAUUAAUUGAACUAGUUAAAAUAAUAAUAAUAAUCAACAUUAAAGAAAAAAAACAUGCAUGUAAUUUUUAAAUAACUAUGAAAUUUUAUUGAUUAAUUUGGAGGCUCUUACUCCAACUGCCUUUGCGCACUAAACUCUAUGAUUGUUAAACAAUUUUUUGUUUUCUAGAUGUUAGACAGAUAGUUACAUCAUAAAUAAAGUCUCCAAUUAAAUAAUAUAUUAUGUUUUAUUGUAUUAAUAUAGAUUUAGUUCUAAAAUCUAUAAGGAUACUAAUAGUUUUACCCAAUUGCCUUUGCAACGGCAUCUAAAAUUUUAACUCUUAAAAAAAAAACUAUUUAAAUGUUUUUCACUGUACUAUAAAGAUUAUUUAUUAAUACUAUGAAAAGAUAAUUUCUGAUGAUGUCUUACCCUCUUGUAGUCAUCCUAUUGAAUGCAUAUGAUUACCAGACACAAAGCUUAUCAUAUAAGUAAAUAUAACUUAAUUCUUGUUUAAUAAAUGAUUCAUAAUCUUUGUAACGUUUUAAAUACAUAUAUUAAUCAUAAAAUUUCAAUUAAGAUAUAAAGAUUUGAUUUGCCUUAUAAUAAAGAUACACCAGUUUUAGUUUGUUUUUAACUUUUUUUAGUUUGAAGCCUUUAAUUUAAAAUACUAAUCAAAAAUAUAAUACCAGAGAAUACACUUCAGAAGUGGUGAUAAUUAAACAUUAUACCUUAUUACUGUUAAAUAAGGGUUAAAGAAAUAUUUUAAGGUAAAAAAAAAAGAAAAAAACUUGUUAUUUUCAUAAAUUUUUUCCUGAUGACAACCAAAAAAAUUGGUAUCAUUAUUAUUGAAGUAAUCACACUGUGAGUUUUCGGCCAAUAAGAAAAUUAUGUUUAUAAGUUUUUAAAAAUAUCAAAAUUUAAAAAAUGUAUAUAUAAACCUAUUUUGGGUUACAAUGUAAUAUUCUUUAUUAUCAUUAUCUUUUUAAGAUGAAGGUAGCAUAGUGGGAGAUUUUAAUUUUAUAGAACUUUUUUUAACUGCAGAAAACUUACUUUCAUAGCUCAAAAAAGAAUUUUUAUUUUUCUGAUAGCAUAAGAAUUUAAAGAAUAAGAAACCUUGUUUAGUUAAAGAAACUGCUAUGCCUUCAUUUAUGUGUAUAUCUACGUUGUCUCAAAUUUACAUGUAUAUUUGUUUCUUUAUAAAUAUUGAUAUUCUGUACAAAUUUAGUUUUUUUAUUUGAAUAUAAUAAAUUUUAUUUACUAGUU